AACCACGCGUUAGUUAGUUCCGUGAUGGCAGUCUGGUCGUUUCGUUCUUGCUCGCUCCGUGUUUUCAAUCGAGUUUUAACGGUUAUAAAUUAUAAUCUUGAUGCGAUAAUGAUAAUUUAAUAAUAUAUUAUUAUUAUAUAUAAGUGCUGUGAUAAAAUCGGGAAAACCUUAUUUGGAAUUGAGAAAGAAAACGUUACCGGAUUAAUAUUGAUGUUUGUACAGAAUUGAUUAUAAAAAUAUGAAGUGGUUUCAAAAAAACGGCGAAGACGCGGCAUCGCCUCGUUUACUCAGCUUGUCGCCAAUAAGAAACGGUGAAACCGGAACUCCUGAUUAUUCAGAACGGUAUUAUCAGAUACCACCAGGACCGAGGAGAUCGAGAAUAGAUACUCCUACGACUCGAUGGGAGAGCUCAGACUAUAACAGAGACGUCAGCUGUUAUAAUUUGCGAGACCGUACCAUUGUAGUGCAAAGCGUACGUAGUAGACCAAUCAAAGAGAAACGUAAUCCAUUACUGGAUCAAAUUAAGCACACGGGUCUCACACACUUUAAGCCUCAUACUACCAACAAUGAAAUUCACGUGGACUCGGUGUGUAAGGUGGAGAAUGUAGAAGAAGACAACGGGGAAACCAAGACAAGUAGAUUGAAAACCAUAUCAGAUAAAUAUCUCAAGACGGCCACACAUAGAUUUUUAGCGAAACUUUAUAAGAACUCAUCAAAUAAGACUAAUAAUACUCAAACGGAAGUAGAACCUUCGAUGGAUGCGAGACAUGAAGAUACUAAGGUGAAGUUGAGGAGCCUAUCUUAUGGGGCCCUACCGGGUGUAGAAGAAUUUCGAAAAAAAGCACCCAACCACCAGUUGAUAGACAAAACACAUAUGGCACCUGAGGACGACGAUAGUGGAAUACUUUUGAACGACCCACCAAAUGAAUUAACAACAGCUUGCUCUGAGUUUUGUAGUCCCAACCGUUAUUUAAGGAGUGCCUCUCAGUAUGGCAAAAAACGAAAUUGCAUAUUUAGUUUACCACCAGAUAGUCAACAUAAUGCGGCAUCUUCGCUGGCAGACCAAACAUCCAAUCCUGGCGAUUACUGGGAUUACAGAACAGUGCAGCUGUGUAGGGACUACCCAAAACAGGUUCUCGGCGUUAAGAUCAAAGAAGUACGAGUAGAAGACAGUUUUAGCUAUACCGUUAUUAAUGUAAUCCCAGGUGGAGUAGCUGACCAAACAAGCGAUUUAGAAGUAGGCGAUCAUAUUAUCAACGUAAAUGGCCACCGCCUGGAAGGAGUCGACCCCUCGGAAGCUAAUCGUUUGCUUAACGACGGCAGUAGCUCUGUGAACUUGAUAAUAGCCAAACAAAAACCCACAGAGUCUAAAUUCGAUCGGAAAACCCGGUUGAGAAUGCCCGAAACGUCGGUAGACUAUGAAAAUAACGAGUCCUUUAGCGCGUUACAAAACCACAACAAAACCGGAUGUACGAUUGUUUGUGUAACACCACCUCCGACGUCUAGUUCGCAGCAACUUUCCACUAAGAAUAACGUUUCUACCGUGUACUUAAAUAGCGAUAGACACUAUUUGGAGACCGACUGCGUGACCUUCUGUACGUUGCCUAGGCGACCCAAGUCCGCCAAAUGUACCUUUCACACGUUUGUGCUAGAAAAAGGCCCUGGGAAAAAAGGAUUGGGCUUCACAAUCGUCGGCGGCAAAGAUUCCCCUAAAGGCGCAAUGGGUAUAUUCAUUAAAAGUAUUUUGGACAAUGGACAAGCGGCUGAUGACGGCAGAUUGAGGCCAGGUGAUGAAAUUUUAGCCGUUAACGGUAAAGAUUGUCAAGAUCUUACACACUCGGAAGCCAUUACACUGUUUAAAUCGUUUAAAAGUGGAUCUAUCGCCCUUCACGUUUGUCGCAGAUCCAAAGUAUCUAAUAGAUCGGCCAAAGCCCACUCAUGUUCAAAUCUUUUGGAUAAUAACGGAGUUGAGUCUGAUUAAUUACAAGGGCUGUUCCGUUUAACAUUUAUCUAGUCGUCAGCGUCCAUGUGAAUAAUUAAUUAUUGUAUAGCUGACGUUAACCUAAUAUUAUACCUGAAAUCAACAAUUACUAUGUACUGUUAGUCUAGAUUAUUAUUGCCUAUAGUACAAGUUACAAUGUUUAUUAGGCACGGAUGUGAUGCUUAACAAUUGUUAUAAUCUAGUAGGUAUAGUUAAUUGUUUCUUAAUUAUUGUGUUCCUAUAAUUAUCGUUUUAAUAUUUGAUUUUUUUUUGUAUUUCGUUAAUU